AUGAGGGGCAAACUAUACCGCAUAUCGCGCAAGCUCAAGUAUCUAGGAGCCGUCUUGAUCCGACGGGGCCCUUUCGCCUUGCCUUUCGAAUUCACCGACGAACACCAUCGCGAGAUGUGGGCGCACAUUGCCCGUCAUGGCCUCGUCGUGGAAACUUACAAGAGUCACUUUGAAGAGCUCAGCAACGCGUUGAAUCUCGAUGCUCUUGGCGCCCGAGCCAAGGCGGUGGCGGUAGGACUUCUCCGAAAGAGCCUCAAAGACAAGACCCGAUCGCUCAAGGAUCAAAAGAUUCUCAUCUGCACACGUGGUGAUGGUGGCAAGGCCCUUGGUGUUUACCCGUAUUGGGUGCAGGCUUGGGCUCGCCCUGGCUGGAACGGCGACAUUACCGUGCCUGCUGUCGAAAUACCCCAGGCUACUCACAGGGACGGUGGCAAGGUCCUACCUCAUGGGCAUUCGACUGUUACCGAUAACGAAUCCUGGUCCUCCGCGUCGGGUGGAAAAGUUGAUCCGGUCGUUAUGAAGGCUCGUCAUGAAGUUAUGAGACGAGUCGACGCCGAGGUCAGAGGGAUUCAUGUCGGUCGAAACAGACUUUCCGAUCGAUUCGAAGACGCCUUUUCUCGUCAAAGGGCCACCCCGAGAUCUUUGAAGUACGUGGCCAAGAGUCGGAGAGCUUCCAGGAAGCAGGCGUUCGAAAGUGGGACAGCUGGGGAUGAAACCGACAGGUACAAGGCUGCUGAGCAGCAGGUUGCAGACCGGAGACUUGCUGGGCAAAUCGUUGCUGGGCAAAUCGUUGCUGAGCAAGGUGUCGACUACGAGCGAGCUGCCCAACUGAGAACCGCCGACCAAAGUGAUAUCGACAAGAGAGGUUUCAAUCAACCGGUGAGGAGAUCUCCCAGAACACCCGGAUAUCGGAGACUCGAGAUCGCCGCGGAGCAGGCUGAGACUGAUGUGUGGUUGGCGGAAGCCGAGGUCAUUCGGAGGCAAGAAGAGCUUCAAGACAUCACUCACAAGGUCUCUAAGUGGAAGGAGAUCGACGACCUCAGCCGCAAGAUCGUCGCUGCGAACCAAGAGCGAGAUCGUCUUGAUGAUCAAAUCAUGCGAGCCAAAGUGGCGCUGUCGCCCUUUCCAAACGUCCCAGCCCAGCGUCUCGCCAAAGAAGGGCUCGGUCAUGUCUUCACCCGCGAUUGGCUCACCACGAAUCCGACCUCCUCCAAGUUCAAUUCCGACGAACCUCGCCUCGGCCUCGCCACUUUGAUGCGUGAGACGGCAAACAAGAUGGAAGCCAGUUGCCAGGCCAAGGCUGAACAGUUCGCCCAGCAGGUGCGCAUCGACCAGCGAAAGAGCCGGGCGGAUGAUUUCGCCCGCCGACAAGCCGUUGCAGCUCGUCCUCGUCGAGCCAGAAAGUGUUAUGCCAAUGAUGGCAGUGAGGGAGACUACGGAUCUGUGUCGAAUGAGCGGAUGCAACAAUAUCGGUUGAAGAGAUCGGGGUACUCCCAAGGUUGUUCCUCUGUUGGCCAGCAUCCUCCCGAGCAAAAACUGGAGCACAAAUCUCGCGGUGUCAAACCAGAUUCGCGGCUCGAAUCGCUCGAUGGCAUUCCACCACAGACUCUCGACUCUCUCUUCGGCAGUGAAGCUAUGUCUGGCUCUCAGCAGAACUUCUCUCCCAAUGUUGGUCAGUCAUCGCAGUCUGCUCGACCUGAAGUACGUCACCACAGCCAGGUCUCAAUGUCCACAGCCUUCCACAGCUCUCCGACUCCGACCCUACCACAAGCGCCACGACCAAGCUUCUCUCAACCCCAUCGACAAAGCCCGCCGCCUAUCCCACCGCCCAUGAUCUUCGAAGAACCCGACCGAAGCCCCGGGCCACGACCGUUGUCCUUGUAUGACGUUGAACAAACCAACACUCGAUUCUACGCUCACCUGAGGAACCGCAUAUCACAGCUAGGGGGUAUUCCUUCCGCUGUUCGAGAUCGGGAGUCUGAAAUCUUCAGCCAGAGCCUUGCUGCGGCAGACGUAGCGCGUCAGCAACUGUUCACAAUUUUGCGGAGGAAUGCAUCCCGCGGGUCGAUACAGCCUACAGCUUCAGGGCAGAACGGUCUGGGAAUUGAGUCUAGGCAAAGUGGUCAACAUUUUAAGUCCGGUCAGUGGCGUUGA